GCGAUGAAUUCUCUCCCCAUUCAUGUAACAACACUCCUGCAGCGUGUUAAUAUCUGCUAUCUGUGUUUAUGAUCAUUCUGUCUGAUCAUCAGAGACCUACAAGAGACCUACUGGUGUGUUCAGACUGUGUAUUCUGUGGUUCACACACAGGACAGAGUGAGCACCGCUGAUAAUACAGAGAACGGUUCCUGUCCAGUGUUUUCCUGCUCUGUGUGUUCAUUGUCAUUCACGGCUCAAACUUAUCUCCAAAAACAUAUGAGAAGAUGCCAUCAUGAGGAGUAUGACAAAAUGCUGAAAUGUGGAGAGAUUAAGAAUGAGGACAUAGAUCCUAAAACGACCUUGAAAACAGAACAUGUAUCAUCUGAUAAUCUCUGCUCUACCACUCCAAACGAACUAAAACACAGAGGACAAGACAAGGAGAAAACUCACCAUUGUGCAGAUUGUGGGAAGAGUUUCUCUCGCUUAGGUGAUCUGAGUGUACAUCAGCGUAUACAUGCAGGAGUGAAGCCGAAUCACUGCUCACAGUGUGGGAAGAGUUUCUCUCGAUUAGGUGAUCUCAAUGUACACCAGCGUAUACACACAGGAGAGAAGCCGUAUCACUGCAUACAGUGUGGUAAAAGUUUUUCUCAUUCAAGUCAUCUCAGUAGACACCAGCGCAUGCACAUGGGAGAGAAGCCGUAUCACUGCUCACAGUGUGGUAAAAGUUUCUCUCAGUUGGUUAAUCUCAGUAGACAUCAGCGUAUACACACAGGGGAGAAGCCGUAUCACUGCACACAGUGUGGGAAGAGUUUCUCUCUGUUAAGUCUUCUUACUAUACACCAGCACACACACACAGGAUCAAAGCCAUAUCACUGCUCACAGUGUGGGAAAAGUUUCUCUCAGUCUUCCAAUCUCCGUGUACACCAGCGUAUACACACAGGAGAGAAGCCCUACUGCUGCACGCAAUGUGGCAAAAGGUUUUCAGAGUCAAGUCGUCUUAGUAGACAUCAACAAACACACACUGGAAAUAAACUGUAUCCUUGCUCACAAUGUGAGAAGAGUUUCUCACGGUCAAGUCAUCUUACAAGACAUCUGCGCUCACACACCGGAGAGAAGCCGUAUCACUGCUCACAGUGUGGGAAGAGUUUCUCUCAGUCAAGUCACCUUAGUGUACACCAGAAAACACACACAGAGGAGAAGCCAUAUAACUGCACACAGUGUGGGAAGAGUUUCUCUCGCUCAAGUCACCUUAGUAGACACCAGAAAACACACACAGGAGUGAACCUCUAUUACUGUGUACCAUGUGGAAAGAGUUUUAACAGGUUUAUUGGCCUCCAAAGACAUCAGCAGAAACACAAAUAAGUCAUCACUGCUGAAACUGAUGUCAUUAUUCAUGCAGGUCACUUAUCAGAACAUAAAUAGAUUUGUGAGUUCCCUUUCUGUCAUUUACUCAACGUUGUGCAGAUGAAUGUACACCAGGGGUUCGAUCUUAAGAGACCAUUGACUCUGCUUCUUUCUUAAAGAGUGCCAUGAGAGUUGGCUUUUGGGAUUUUCAUGCAUGUCUCCACCCUAGUUUUCUCAGUAUAAAAGAUGUUUGUUCUUCAGAUUAGAUAUGUGCAUGCUACUGCCUUACUCUGCUUCUCUGUUUGGGGCAUUCUCCCUGGGACAUUAUGUGUGCUGGUCUCUUUCUUUUUUUAAAUUAACAGACCACUUUGGAUGUUCCCUGUGCCACUGUUUGCUCUGCUCCUGUUGCUUUUUGCGAUUGCUACUCGCCCACCACUUCCACCUAUAGAAUCAGCACUGGUUCAAGUCUUAAAGCGGCCCUGCAACGAUGUUUCAUGCAUUCUGACGUCUUUACAAUGUUAAGCGUGCUUAACAUGAUCAACUUGUCAUUACAUAUUAUUUCUGUGGUCGAUACACUCCCCCAGCGAUCGUACAGGUUUCCGAAAGUUUUUUUCGAACGUAUACAGAAUAACUGUUUUGUAAAAAAAAUUCUUAGUCCCCGACAAUUCUCCAGGAAAAGCACACAGCACCCCCACGCGUCAGCAUGGAGAGCAGGAGAAGGAGCUUGCGCUUACGUCACUUUCACUUGUGUUCAGGAUAGAGAGAGAGAGAGAGCAUAUGUUCGCGAAGUUCAGGGGUUUAUUUGUUCACUACGUUUGGGUGAUGAAUGUUAUAUAAACUGUGGUUAUAGCGCUUGAUUUGGAGAUGGUUUGAAACCUAUAUAUGGAGCCGUCUCAGCACUAAAAGAUGCCGGACAUGAACCACAUGCGGUAAGUGAAACUGAUGUCUGUGUUUUGUUGGCAAUGGGUGCGCAUGUGCUUUAGUUAAGCCUAGCCUCCUCUAGUGGUAACUUUUCGUGGACUGCUGGUCUUCCUUUGGGGUAGACCCACAGAGAUGCUCUGUAGUGUCACCGUUUAUUUCUUUUCCUGAAAAAAUUCGAGGGAUGGCUUUCUUCCUCCACCCUGAAGGCCAAAGUGCCUACUAUUGUGGCACAUCAAGCUAUGCAAAAUUUGUUUCUUGAACACUGUCCAAAACAAUUUUGGGUGAUGGAGGUGCAGUUUUCCUUUAUUUUUUAAUUCUUUUCUGACCCCAAAAUUCAACUGAUUUCCACAAUUUUCCAACUGUGAUCUUGGAAGAGUCCUUGGCCACUUAAAUUCUUCUCCUCACUCUGCAUUAAGACAAUAUAGACACAUUCUAUUUCUGGCAGAUUCAACUUCUAGAAACAUUCAACUUCUCUGGCGAUAAAAACAUAUUGAUCAUUGCCCUGAUGUUCGGAAAUGUUUUUUUUUAUUGUUUUAACAAUUUCCUUAAAGCCUUUUUAUUUUGUGUAACCUCAAUCUCACGAUCACUGGUUGGGAACUCCCCCCAUCACCUUGACUGCCAAUACACUAGAUUUCCCAUAAGCCUUUGGACUCAUUAGUCAGUAUUACAUUCACCUGUGUCUAGUUAUCUCUUGCACCUCUAUCUAUAUAACCAGGUUCAUUCAGUCAGUCAUUGUGAAGUUUUGUGUUACUACUGCAGUUCUGAGUGGUCCCUGGUGAGGUUUCCCAGAUCCUUGUGUGACGGGGGUAAGAGACACGACACGCACGCACGCACCGAGAGUUCAAGCAACCCCAGAGGGGAAUUUAUUAUAAAACAGAAAGUACUUAAGGCAAAAGGGUGACAUCCGGGGUGCUUGUGUGCUGCCAUCCGCUGAUCUGUGCUCGUCCACUCUGGUCCUCUGUGCUUCCCUCGCUGAUCUCUCCCUCGCUCUCACUUGAGGGGAGAGAAGACACCGUGUUAGGCGUUGUUAGCACCAGAACCCAGAGUACUGGGAACACGCAGUUUAUAUGCCCGGCAGCUAAUCGUUUCCCAGGCGACGCUGAUCCUGGAACUGCGCCUCGCCACACUUGUUUUGGAAUCUUAGUUUGGAAUGUUUUGACCCUUCAUCUGUGUUGGCUCUGUGUGGACUGAUCACCUGUGUCUAGUGGUGGCGAGAUGAAGCCCCAACAAGCAUUAAACCCUUUCAGCCAAGUAGUUCAGAAAGCGCUCAAUUCUCGUGGCUUCAUAAAACAAGCAGAUACAUUACAGAUGUGCCUGAUGUGGUCUGUUAUACACUGUAUUUUGCACCAGUUAAGGCUUGGAAAAAACGGUCAAGAAAAAAUCAAUUUCCACAUAGAGCACUCUAUUUAUAUGAAUAUAAUGUGUAUUAUCUGGUGGUAUAUAAUGAUUGUAUAACAUAACUGUGUAACGUAUUGACUUAAUAUUAUUAUUAUUAUAAAACUGGAAAGUGUCUGGGCUUAACUGGUCAGAGGGCAGUGAAUGUGCUUGUAUAACUUGGUUUAUAUAGCUGUCAAAAUGUUGAGGCAAGAUUCGAACCGCUUACUGAACCACUCAGGCGAAAAAAAGGCUUUAAACAUCAUCAGUCUAAAGCUUUACAAGGCUCGACACGUGCUUCACUGGAAGCUUCCGGGAUUUCUCUGCACACGCUCCGAAGCCUCGGCACAGAACAUAACAUCACUACCUGUGUGUUGGACUUAAUGUCUGAUUAUGUCUGUGAAUUACCCUUAAUAAACUCUCUGAAAUUG